CCUCUCUCUGCUUCUACUACGGGAGAUUUCACUUGUCCGGAAAUUGAAAAUGAGCAACAGCGAUGAUCCCAAAGCUCCCACUGCUCCACACGUAGUGAAGGAGGAGCUCAUGGCAACCGGAAAAUGGUUGAAGCUGGAGAAGACGACAUAUGUGGACCGCGGUGGAAACACCAGAACCUGGGAGACUGUGAAAAGGACAACGAGGCAAACCAACUCAGAAGCAGAUGGUGUUGGGAUUAUCGCGCUGCUGAAGCGGACGCUCCAUAAAGACUGCGUGGUGAUGGUGAAGCAGUUUCGUCCUCCUAUGGGAUGCUACACUCUGGAGUUUCCUGCAGGGUUGAUUGACGAGGGGGAAAGUGCAGAAGCUGCUGCACUGAGGGAGCUAAAGGAAGAAACUGGCUACAAAGGAGAAGUAGUCGGAGUCACUCCAGUGACCUGUCUGGACCCCGGUCUGUCUAACUGCACCACCAACAUCGUCAUGGUGAACAUCAACGGAGACGAAGGGGAGAAUAUUCACCCGACACAGCAGCUCGGUGAUGGAGAAUAUGUCGAUGUCAUCCUUUUACCUCUUGAUGAAUUCCAGACGAAAAUAGAUGAUCUGAUGAAGAAAGAAAAAAUCGUGGUGGAUGCUAAAGUGUACAUCUUUGCGAUGGGGAUGGUUCAGGCCUUCUUUAAGCCGAGGGAGCUCCCCGUCCUGAAGCAGUGAAGGAACAUGCUCAGGAUGAGAAUGAGAGGAAGAAAAAGUAUUUCCUGUUACAUAGGGCUCCUGCACAGCACUGAUGAAUUGGUAUUAAAGAGGAACCAGAGGAUUUCCAAAUUGUACGAAAAUGUGCUGUUACAUUGUGGUCUUAGACUAAAUGUAACUUCAUAUUGUAAAAUUUGUUCCCAUGAAGAUUAAUGACCAUCCAUAAACAAUAUGGAAGCUAGAACACAACUUUGUGUAUUAAUCAUACUGGACACUUAAAUCUAAUUAUGAAAUCAAAGUAUUAGAAAGUGAACUAUGAAGGAGCCCGACAAGUACUGGACCACUUUUUGUUCUCAAGGCCUGAAACAUAGUCUGGUGGCCAAUGAAUUGUUUGCACACUUAACACAGAAUAUGUUCCAGCCUUUAGUCUCAAAUGCCUUACUUGACAAAUAGUCAUUUCCAGGUUUUAAUGAGAUUAUAUGUAGUUUAAUGAGAUGCAAUUUGUUGUAACUUUUAUUUAGUGAUCUUGAAACAUUCCUAACAUAAUGUGAGGCAGAAACAAAUCAACCACAGAACACUUUUUCUGGAAAAAUCGGCUAUUGCGGAGAUGCAAUCCAAGUCUUACUUAAUAUAGUUUGGUGUAUUCUUCUUUUUCUAUUGUAAAAUUCAUCAAAUCAAUCUGGGAUCCUUCUGGAUUUUUCCUCAAGGCAUCCAAGGGGCCAAAGAAGCUCAUUAACUUUAGAGAAAGAUGAAAACUUGGCCAUUAGUUACAAAAUAACUCAUGCAGUGUGAUAAAAGUUACAUGUAGUAUUUGGUUGCUAUAUUAACAAUGUUAAUUAUAUGAGGGGGGAUUACUCCACUAAUGUAUGACCAAGGUACUGUAAUAAUAAAGGUGGUAACAUAUUAAUAGGCAAUCAUCCAUGCUGUGCCCUCAACUUCAUUAUGGUUCAAUUAACUGGACAUUGAUGCUGUACUUACAAAUUACUGACCAAGGAAUAAAUGUGAUAGUAUUUUUGCUCUUA